CGCGUUUGUUAUUCCAAAUAUCAACAUUUUUCAAGGGUUAAAGUGUUUAAAAAAAGAAUAUUACGAUUAGCUAUGAGGUGAAAAACAAAGUCAUCUGUCUGAUGCAAUACGAAAACGCAGAGAUGUAACGCAUAAGCGUGUAUACGCGAGUGGUGGGGGCUACAGAUCUGUAUAGGUAAGUGGUGGGGGGCCACAGAUAUACAUGGUGCUUCCCCUUCCAUCGUCAGUCCCUACUCGGCCAUCGGUGGGGGAUUAUAGACAGAGCGCCCUACGGCGGGGACUAGGAACUACGGCUUGGGCCAGGAAUCCGAGGAAGGGAUGAUCUACAGCGGGGACCAGGAACCCGGGGAAGGGGUGAUCUACAGCGAGGACCAGGAACCCGAUGUUACAACGCAAGUGGUGGGGGGUCUGCAUACGCGGGCCCUCUCCCCACCAUCGUCAGUCUCCCUGGGACCGCUGAGGCGUACGGAUCGGGGUUUAGAGAAGGGGAAGCUCAUUUACCCGAGGGAGCCUACUAUGCUCGCGAGGGAUUGAAGUGGCCAUGGAAGAUCUGAUAAAUCAGCAAGCAGUCGAAGACAAGCGAGAAAUCGCUGGAUUCGAUCGAAGAUGGGUCAUUCACGGGCCUACAUUCGCGUCCUUGAGGUCCUUUACGUUUCGUCGGUGUCGCAACGUCGACUCAGCAAUCGCGCACGUCGACGAUUUUUUUCGAAACUGAAGAAUUCCUGGCCACCGUUCGACCUGGUGAACAGCUGAUCGUAUCUACUAUGUCGACAAGCUGAGAGAGCCUCCUUGCUUCCCGACCCUCUAGCUUAAAUAAGAUCACAACUAGUCACAUGGCGAUCGCUUCGGAAAACUCAGUGACGAUUAUUAUACGCACUUGGACCUUUAUGAUAAUAUUCUGCUUCGCUGGCUGUGCAGCUGGUUCCUGCUUGAGCUAUGGACAUUCGUGUUGGGGUGCACAUGGUAAACGGAGUGGGGGACCUAACAAUGGGUAUUUGUUACCAUUAAAAGGAACGAAUGAGAUGCAACAUGGAAUACCUUUACUUACAAAGGAACAAUUAAUAUUAUCUCGUUUAAUUGAUCGGCCAUUGAUGUCUAACAAAUACAAAGGAAGAUGGGACAGACUAUUUAAAGUAAAAUCAAAUUUUCCAGAGCAUUUGAACGACGGUGAUGUUAAUAUUCGUGUUAUCAGUAAUGGACGUAUUGGAGAUCCAAAUAACGACAAUGAUAUUGAUGGUGGUAAAAGGAAAAAUAUGAAUGAUAUGCAGGACAUGAUAGAAAGUAUGAACAAUGAGAAAAAGGAAGUUCCGGAAGUUGUACUGACAUUAGGUAACGAAGAGAAGGAAUACGCCAGUCAACCACAAAACCUUGAAUUCUUGAAAUUUUUGAGUGAAACAAAUGGUAAUUUCGAAUAACAGAAUUUAAUAGAGUUACCUCGAUGCAUAAUUAAAAUAGAAGUUGUCAUAAACCCUAUUAUAACAAAAUUAAUAAGAAUAUUAUUUGACUUAAUUUAUUAGCUAUUGUGUUUCGCGAAUAAAACUCGAGUGGCUGUCCUAUGAAUAUUUUCAAUGUCCUCAGUUUCAUUUUUGUAAAUAUAUCAUUAAUAUUUUCAAUAGACGUAACAGUUCUCUUAAUUACUUUACCAUACAACAGACAUUUCAAUUAUAAUUAACAAACUAAGGCAAUAUCAAUACAAAUUGAUAUAAACAAUAAAUCGUGUAUGAAUAAUAAACCAAUUACUUCGAAAAUAAUUAUUAAUUUUCAUUUCAAAAUUCAAUAAAGAUUAGAUGAAUAGUGGAAAUGAAAGAAAAAUUAUUUCAAGAAUUUAGGAAAAUUCAUUACAUAAAGAAAGAUAACAACUCAAUGAACCACAAAAAAGGCAUACAAAAUUUAGUUAUACAAAAAUACAUUUUUGUCAAAUUUCAAAUACAAUAAUAAAAUUAAUCAACCUCUUA